AUGACAAAAAAGACUGCAAGAACAGAUAAGGAAGUUGAGGAAGACAAGGAAGAAGCACCAUCUAAGCAGGAAAACACCAAGUUCUAUGGAAAGACAGCUCCGCACGAGUUCUACGACACCAACAUUCUGCUGCCAUUUCCAAGAACAAGGAAGCCAACCACCGAUGAACAAUUCGGGAAGUUUGUUGAGGUAAUUCGGCAAUUAUAUGUCAAAAUUCCACUACUUGAUGCAAUGCAGGUUCCAACCUAUGCCAAGUAUUUGAGAGACAUCCUCAACAACAAAUGCCCGCUGCCUACAACUGAGGUGAUUAAGCUAACAGAAGAAUGCAGCGCGGCGAUACUAAACCAACUACCAGAAAAGAAGAAGGACCCUGGAUGUCCUACCAUCGACUGCUCCAUUGGGACACAUCACUUCGAGCAUGCACUGUGCGACUUGGGAGCAAGUGUCAGUGUCAUGCCAAAGGUAAUAUUUGAUAAACUAACCCAUGCUGUUUUGUCCCCUACAUCAAUACAUUUGCAGUUAGCGGAUCAGUCAAUUCGCCAUCCUGCGGGGGUAGCUGAGAAUAUCCCCGUAAAGAUACGCGAGUUCCUGGUCCCUGUGGAUUUCGUGGUACUCGACAUGGAGGUGGAUGAAAAGACUCCACUUAUCCUGGGAAGACCAUUUCUCAGCACUGCUAAUGCACAUAUUGACGUUGGAGCCGGAGAAAUUCAAUUUACAAUCAAUGGGGCCCAGGAGAAGUUUAACUUCAAACCAAAGGUAGUGCAAUGCUCACUAAUCUUGGCAGUGGAUGUGGCAACCGUCACAUUCAUAACUAGGCCAAAGAAAAAGACCAAUCCAACGCCAAGAGCAAAGAGCAAGAAAAUAUGGAAGAAGAAGGUAAUACAACCGAUGACACCUCCGAAGAAAAUUUCUGUAUCAACUCAAGGAGGAGGUCCUGUUCUAAGGACCUGA